ACACUCACCACAGUUCGACGGCACUCUCUCAACGAUAUCUGUUGAGUCGAUGGUCGAGAUCAAGCACACGAAUCCUAUUAGCUCUCAAGAAGCAGGCCUCGCGGCGUCCGCCUCUUCGACGGAGUUGUCUGAUGACACCAAAUACAGGCUCAUAUACUCGAAGUCCAAAGUCUAUGUGAACCCCACCGCGUACGCGCGGGAUAACAUCCCGGGCUUCAUCGCGUUGGUGAGGAAGGAGGCGCCGAAACCCGUCUACCUGCUCGCAUGGAUCCCAGAGUCUCUAUUGAAUGAAAAGGGGCCAAGCGAAUGGGACAAAUUUGUGAAGAUCGAGGAACAUGCAGUCAAGGAUGAUGAAGAGGAGGAUGCUGUACUCAUUGACCUGCCAAUACAGCGGCCGGAGUCGUAUGCGUUCUCUGUUCCGCUCACUUCAAUAUACUCUUUGAUAGUGAACCCCCCUUCGUUGUCAUCGUGGCACGGGUCCAUUGCGAUCAACCUCAUUAGCGGCUCCACCUUGCCCACACUUCACUUCCACGAUGACGAGUCGAAGUCGUUCACCAUGCCAAUCAAGUCUCCAUUAGAGGCACGUCCUAUGUCCUAUCCGCCACCGCCAGCCGACAAUGCACCCAAAAACAGUACAUGGGGCGGUGAGGACCUCCUGGCGAAGCUCAGAGGCUAUUGCCACCUCCUUCGUUCGUCCCUACAAUCGAAUCUCUAUCUAGUAGAUCCGUCCCGAGAGGACAUUGAGACUCAUUCUAUGCCUCUCUUCGCCGACGACGCUGUUGAUGACAUCAUGGCUCAAUCCUCCUACGCGAAUUCUCACUCCCCUAUACCUGCACAUCGUCGCCCUAAGCCUCUGUCUACAUCGGCCAACUCUUAUUCCGAACGAACAUCUAUCCUUCACCGUUCACUCUCACCUGUCUCAUCCCCAACCACUUCUUCGUCACAAGCGCGGAUGGCUUUGCUGCAGUCCUUCUCGCACAUAACGAGACACGCCGCGCACGCCGCACAGCAGAUUCUGUCUCACCCCCUUGCCAAACCCAUCGUUCCCCACCUACCCGACCCAGUCAGGAGCCUCGUCAACGCCAGUGGAGAUCUGGAGUGGGGUAGCUGGGUAGAGAAAGGCGGCGUUGGCGAGUUCGAGAGCGCACGAGUGUACCUCGCUCGUUGGGCCCGGAUCGUCGCCGAGGAGGGCGAACGGGCUCGUCAGCGAGAGGCUCAAGCGCUCCCGGCCUCGUCGUCUGAUCUCGCGGAAGAGGAUUCGUCUCUGGGCAUAUUCGAGCUCCUCCAGUCUACUGCGAACUUGCCGAGGCCGAAGUCGUCUCGCAUUCCAAAGCAGCCUGUCAACGAGAAGAUGUGGAAGGGCUGGUUCAACGAGGACGGGAGUCCGAAGAUUCGGAAGGAGGAGAUGGAGCGCGAAAUCUUUAGGCGGGGUAUAGAUUCAAGCAUUCGCAGGGAGAUUUGGCCGUUCUUGCUGGGCGUGUACGAGUGGGACAGUGAUGCCGCGCAAAGAGGGAAGCUAUGGGAAGCAAAGAAGGAACGAUAUAGUGAGCUCAAGGAUGAGUGGUGGGGUGUACCGGAGGUUUUCGAGAGGCAGGACGUGAUAGAGGAGCGCCAUCGUAUCGACGUGGAUUGUCGACGAACAGACCGUACACAGCCGCUGUUCGCGCAGACGACGCCAGUGAACGAGGACACAGAUGAAAAGGGCAUGCACAUGAGGUACUCUACCAUCUCGCCCCAGCUCGGAGAUAUCGGGGCGCAAGCACCAACCAACGAUCAUAUCGAACGGCUUGCGAGCAUUCUUCUGACAUACAAUUUCUAUGAGCGGGAGCUCGGCUACGUGCAAGGGAUGUCUGAUCUCUGCGCCCCGGUCUAUGUCGUGAUGGGCGGCGAUGAGGAGAUGACCUUCUGGUGCUUCGUACAGAUAAUGGACCGAAUGAAACAGAAUUUCCUCCGUGACCAGAGUGGGAUGAAGAAGCAACUGUCGACCCUGCAGCAGCUGAUCUCGGUUAUGGACCCGGAGCUAUAUCGACAUCUCGAGAAAACAGAUGGACUGAACCUGUUCUUCUGUUUCCGAUGGAUCCUCAUAUCAUUCAAGCGCGAGUUCCCGUUCGAGGAUGUUCUCCGGCUGUGGGAAGUGCUGUGGACGGACUACUAUAGCACCCAGUUUGUAUUGUUUGUGGCGCUCGCCGUCCUGGAAUCCCAUCGGGAUGUGAUCCUGAGGUACCUUGUUGAGUUCGAUGAGAUCCUCAAGUAUUGUAACGAGUUAAGCAUGUCGAUUGAGCUCGAUAGCACGCUCGCACAGGCCGAGGUCCUCUUCUUGUCGUUCUCCCAGCUAAUUGCGGACAUUGACCGGCGAGAGGCCGAAGAGGCGUCAUCGCGUUCGAAUGCUGCUCUCCGACAACGGCGCACGAAUAGCGUCGGCGGAAAGUCGGCAGAGGCAGAGAAGAAGACGAGGAGGCCGAUCAUCAGUGAAGAGCUGAGAGAACUUCUGAAGUCAGGGCAGUGACAUCUCCUGUAUCGUAUUACCCGGAACACGUUGACUUGUGUUAUUAGGUGUAUCAUAGUGUAUACGACUACUACUCUCCACGCUACGUAGACUCCGCUAUGGACUUGCUUUCAACCCAUACACGCUAUACCAUGAACAGUGUCGUUAGCGAUAGCGCAGCCCGACGCUCCCGGUCCUCAGAACGCGAAGUGACCGAUAAUGGUGGUCGAAAUGACGUCGACGCUCCAGCAUGACACCCUUCACAAUGAAGGUCUUUAUAUAGAGGUCUCUCAGGCGAUCAUAAUUCCCAAUCGCUCUUUCUUGCAAUCAUGGCUGCGAAC